ACAAAUUUUGAUGGAACACGUCUGGAGGGCGAAUGGAGUCGUGUGGCAGUCGGCCGAACUGCCGCGCAGCCACCACCACCACCAACUGAUGUUCACGUCGAUAGCAACAAUGUAUUGCACUGGUCACCACCAAAUAGUACGAACGGAGCCCCGAUCACGGAGUAUAUCGUCGAGAGAGUGCUCAUUCGUCCUUCCUCCGUGCCUGUGCCUGAGAAUGAUGGCGAUCAGGCAACGAGCGCCGAUUGCGGCUGGACGAUGAAGCGGGAAAGCGCCGAGGUGCACAGCAUGAGCGUGGCUGAGGGACAACCCGGUUGCAAGUAUCAGCUCAGUGUUUUGGCGGUGAGCAGUGGCGGUACGAGUGUUCCAAGCGAAUUGAAUGCAGUCGGAAUGGGUGCUCCAGCUUGGGCAACGGCCACAACGCUAGCGCCGCCACCAUCACCACCUAACCUCCUCUGUUCGGAAGCGGGACCAAAUUACCUGAAGCUCAAAUGGAAACCACCAGGCAAUGCGAGCUUAUCCACCGCCACACAAUAUUACUAUUACCUUGAGAAGGAAAACGAUAAUGGC